AUGGCGCUCGUGCGACUGGUCCUGGGGAUGCUCAUCCUCAAAGCGGUGGUGGCCAAUCCACGGUUUUCCAGACAGGUUGACCUGGACUCGUACGACGACGGCAACUACGACGUGGACGACGUCAACUCGGAAAACCAGGAGUACGAUUACGAAGACGGGCCCACUAUCGAGGACCCCGAGAUAGAGAUCGGCACCCUGGCCCCGCCCGACUACAACGACCCAGUUCCUGGGGCCUCGUUGGAGGAGCAGGAGGAGGAGGAGUUGCCCCUAAAACCGCAGCUCAUCCCUCAGGGCUCAGGGGGGUCCGGCGUUCUCAUGGGCCCAGACACACAGAAAGAGGUGGAGCUGCGUCUGAUGCCCAUUGACAUCCUUCAUGUCUCCGGGGAUUUUGGGGGCUCGGUGGGGUCUGGUGCCUCAGGGGCCUCUGAGGGUUCCGGUGGCUCCGGUGAAUCAGGGGAGUUCUUAGUAUCCGGGGAUUUGGAUAUCCUGAUAUCGGGGGAUUCCUCUGGCUCUGGGGAGUUCUCUGGAUUCAGGGAGAUCUCUGGAUCAGGAGACCUCCUGAUAUCUGGGGAUCUUUAUGGGUCUGGGGACCUCUUGAUAUCUGGAGAUUUUUCAGGAUCUGGAGAUCUCUUGAUAUCUGGGGAUAUCAUGGGAUCUGGAGCUUCUGGAACCUCUGGGGACUUUGGCUCUGGAGGUUCUGGAGUUCUAAUUGAAUUGGGAUCUGGGGGUUCUGGUAUUGACGCUGAACUCCUUCUGGGCUCCGGAGGGUCUGGGGACCAGUCUGGUUCAGGGUUCUCGGGAGAUCUCCUGAUCUCAGGUGCCUCUGGAGGCUCUGGGGUUUCUGGGGACACCGAUGAGUCAGGGAUAACAUUAUUACCUGGAGAGGUGGAAAUACCUCUCAUUCCUACAAUUAUCCCACAAGAGGCAUCGGGAACCUCUGGGGACUUCUCAGGAGUUUCAGGAACCUCGGGGGAUUUUGGAGUUUCUGGAGACAUAGAUGUCUCUGGAACUUCUGGUGUCUCUGCUUCUGGAGAACCCGAGGAUCCUGAUAUAAUUCUGAUUCCUGACACUGAUAAAGAGGAGGGGCUGCUUCCGACACAAGAGACCCCUCAGGAGGGUACUGGUGGUGUAGAAACGACACCGGGCUCUGGCCUACCAGAGCCCGAGGAAACCGAAGAACCUGAGGUUGACACGAAAGGCAUGCCUACUUGCUUACUGUGCACGUGCCUCGGAGGUUCGGUCUACUGUGACGACUUGAAGCUGGACAGCGUACCACCUCUCCCCAAGGACACCACUCACUUCUAUGCCCGCUACAACAGGAUCACCAAGAUCAACAAGUCUGACUUUGCCUCAAUGAACAAGCUGAAGAGAAUCGACUUGACCGCCAACGCCAUCUCGUCCAUCGAAACCAAGGCAUUUAUGGGUCUGCCAGAGCUUGAGGAGUUGGUGAUUCGAGAAAAUCACAUCUCGCAGAUGCCAGUCCUGCCAGAAACCAUGACCCUGAUCGACGCCAGCCACAACAAUAUUGAGUCCAAGGGUAUUCCCAAAGAGGCCUUCAAGGACAUGACUGGCCUGUUGUACCUGUACAUGACGGACAACGAAAUUGACUACAUCCCUGUACCUCUACCAGACAGUCUGCGAUCCCUACAUCUACAGCGUAACAACAUUCAGUCGAUGCACGAGGACACUUUCUGUAACAUGCACGAUUUCAACUACAUCCGCAACGCGCUGGAGGACAUCCGCCUGGACGGCAAUCCCAUCAACCUGAGCCGAACCCCGCAGGCAUACUUCUGCCUGCCCCGAAUCCCGAUUGGCGACCUCAUCUAA